AUGCGCAUACCUGCGAAACUACCGUCUCGCAUCCUGAGUCGCGCUGUAUCCCGCCAGCUGCGCGCGCCGCUAGCGGCCUAUCUCGGCGCAAGAUGGUCGUCUACCAGUGAAGGCCGCCAGUGGUCCACGCCGCUGGCGAAGACCUUGACUGAAGCUAUCACCACCACCGGUCCGGUUCCUGUGGCAGCAUACAUGCGACAAGUCCUCACCGCGCCCGAUAGCGGUUACUAUACCUCGCGGCCUGAAGGUGGAGACCAGUUCGGCCAGAAGGGAGACUUCAUCACCUCCCCCGAGAUUUCACAAAUAUUUGGGGAGCUUGUUGGGCUGUGGUUCGUCGCCGAAUGGAUGCUUCAAGGCAGGAAGAGCUCGGGAGUGCAGUUGAUCGAGGUUGGCCCGGGAAGAGGCACGUUGAUGGACGACAUGCUGCGGGCCAUCCGUAAUUUCAAGUCAAUGUCUUCAGCAAUCGAGACGGUCUAUCUCAUCGAGGCCAGCCCAACCCUGCGCGCUGCUCAGCACAAGCUGCUUUGCGGCGAUGCUCCAUUGAAAGAGACGGAUAUUGGCCAUGAAAGCACCAGCAAGUAUUCCAACUUGAAGAUAGUGUGGUCAGAGGAUAUCCGCCUCGUUCCUAAGGACGCCUCCAAAACGCCCUUUAUCGUAGCUCAUGAGUUCUUCGACGCCCUGCCCAUCCACAUCUUCGAAAGUGUCGCACCCCCUCCACCCACCGACACACCCAGCCCUCCUGAGCCCCCAGCCGACCUCACCAACCCAGCCUCCGUUGCCGCCGCCGCUGCACGGCAGCAACAAAAACGUCCCCAAAAGACCAAUGAAUGGCGCGAACUCCUCGUCUCUCCCGUGCCUCCCAACUCCACCCACGCCACCCUCAACACACCCGUCUCUCUCCGUGACUCCACGCCGGUUCCCGACUUCCAGCUCACCAAGAGCACCGGCCCGACGCCGCACAGCAUGUACCUGCCGCACACGUCCGCCCGCUACGCCGCGCUGCUCCAGCGGCCGGGCUCCGUCAUCGAGAUCUCGCCCGAGUCGCUCUCCUACGUCUCCGACUUCGCCGAGCGCAUCGGCGGCAAGGCCCUCGUCUCGCCGCAAAAGAAGGCCUUCGGCUCCGCAACACAAGACUCGGCCCCGAGCUCGAAGCCCACGCCCUCGGGCGCCGCGCUCAUCCUCGACUACGGCCCGCUGGACACGGUCCCGACCAACUCGCUGCGCGGAAUCCGUCACCACCGCGCCGUCUCGCCCCUCGCCCUGCCCGGCCAGGUCGACGUCAGCGCCGAUGUCGACUUCGUCGCGCUGGCUGAGGCUGCUAUCGGAGCUAGUCCGGGCGUCGAGGUGCAUGGGCCGGUGGAACAGGCGGCCUUUUUGGAGGCUAUGGGUGUGAGGGAGAGGGCUAAGAUGUUGGUGAGGAAGGCCGAGGGCGCGAAGCAGGGUGACGAAGGGAAGGAGUUUAAGGAGAGGAUCGAGAAGGGUGCGCAGAGAUUGGUGGAUAGGGGUCCGAAUGGAAUGGGGAAGUUGUACAAGGCUCUGGCGAUUGUGCCGCAUUUUCCAGAGAAGGCGGGGAGAAGGCCUGUGGGAUUUGGAGGAGAUGUGAAGGUUUGA